GUCCGGCCCGCUUCCUACGCCCCGCCCCCGGUGGCGCGGAGAGCAGAGCCAAGAUGGCGGCUGAGUUGGAGUACGAGUCUGUCCUGUGUGUGAAGCCCGACGUCAGCGUCUACCGGAUUCCGCCCCGAGCCUCCAACCGCGGUUACAGGGCAUCUGACUGGAAGUUAGAUCAGCCUGAUUGGACUGGUCGUCUCCGAAUCACUUCUAAAGGGAAGAUUGCUUAUAUCAAACUCGAGGAUAAAGUUUCAGGGGAGCUCUUUGCUCAGGCACCAGUAGAACAAUAUCCUGGUAUUGCUGUGGAGACAGUGACAGAUUCCAGCCGCUACUUUGUAAUCCGGAUCCAGGAUGGUACUGGGCGUAGUGCUUUCAUUGGCAUUGGCUUCACAGAUCGGGGUGAUGCCUUUGAUUUUAACGUCUCCUUGCAAGAUCACUUCAAGUGGGUAAAGCAGGAAUCUGAGAUUUCCAAAGAAUGUCAGGAAAUGGAUACUCGUCCUAAGUUGGAUCUGGGCUUCAAGGAGGGACAGACUAUCACGUUGAGUAUUGGGAACAUUACAACCAAGAAGGGAGGUGCUUCUAAGCCCAAGACUGCAGGGGCUGGGGGCCUAAGCUUACUCCCACCUCCACCUGGAGGCAAAGUCACUAUUCCCCCACCGUCCUCCUCAGUUGCCAUCAGCAAUCAUGUCACUCCACCACCCAUUCCAAAAUCUAACCAUGGAGGUAGUGAUGCAGAUAUCCUUUUAGAUUUGGAUUCUCCUGCUCUUGUCACGACACCAGCAACGGCUCCAGUUUCUGCAAGCAGUGACUUGUGGGGAGACUUUAGCACUGCAUCUAGCUCUGUUCCAAACCAGGCACCACAGCCAUCCAACUGGGUCCAGUUCUGAAUAGCAUUGACAGGACAUUAAGGACAGACUUGAAGAAUAAAAAUGACCUUGAGGGCACCAAUCUGUGAGGGAACCACACAUUCCUUCCCUUCCCUCCCCAGAACCACAAUUACUGGACAGUCUUUUUCAUGGCUUCUCCAUUGCAUUCAAGCUGGUUUAUGUCACUCCCCUAUGUUGUUAUGUGCUGUGCAGCCAAGAAAGUAUCUCUUAUCUCCUGUUCACUGUCUAGGCAGAGGAAUGGUGGGUCUUAUCAUACUUGUGGCUGACUGUGCAGGCCUCAAAAGGCCAGGGUCUCUUUGAUAAGGAAAUGACCUCUAAAAUUUUUUUCCAGCUUUUAAAUUCUUAGACGUAUUUCAAAAUCAUCUCAUGACCCUUGUGUUCCUCUUUGUGAAGCCCUAUUUAGCAAUUUCAGGGGGAGAUAAAAACCUUGAAAUUUCUUUUUCCAUUAACCCAAGACUCUAAGAGUGGACAAGAGUGACUUCAGUGUUUACAAAUUCAGAAUUUUGAUAGGGAUAGGUAUGAAGAACGACCUGUUUUCCUGGGUCUCUGCUACAUCUCUUCCUUCAGGCUUAUCCUAUUCAGUGAACAUCCACUGCUGGGUGCACCUCCAUCACCCUCUCAUGUGUUUACGUGUCUCUUCCUAUGAUAAGAGGGUUGUGUUGGUGGCGCCUCCACUAUUCUUUUGUUUGUUGAAUAGUGCAAGUCUUUGAUCAGUGGAUCUCUUGGAUGAAGGAGGUUCAAGGGGCUGUGUUUUCCAAGUUAUAUUCUAGAGAAGCAUUUAUUUUCGUGCAGCUUCAUCUAGAUGCUGUGUUUGAAGCACGGCUUUACUUGGUAUUUGCCCCAUUAUUUGACCUAAAGUUGAAGGGUUUAGGGUUUUUAACCUAAUUUGUAGAGCAGAGAGGUUGUGAAAGCACUUAACUCUUGUUCAGUACCCACGUUGCCUUGCUGCCUGGGUAUCUGGCCCCUUUCCGUAAACAUAUUUUUCAAUCCAUCUAGCUCUUCAGUAGAAAGCUGCUAGUACAUGUGUUGUCAUUUUUGAAGGAAGCUGGGGAGUCACAGCUUUAACUGUGAUAGGUUUUGCCCAAGUGAUGGCUUUGGUACCCAUUUCCCAGGGUAUGUCAAAAGCAAGUUGAUCUCCCAUCACAUUUCUUUCCUUUUGCCCCACCAUUCCUUUUACAAUACUGUGAAGAGAGGUCCCUUUCUUAGAUGAAUGGGCACUAUCUGUUUUGUUUGUUAAACGGGCAACUUUGAGGAUGAAAUGGGAGGAUAUCAUUUCUUCCCUUAGCACCUAUUUGGGAGUGUACAAUCUGGCUAAAGGGAAUCCUUACAUUUAGUUUCAAAAUACGUUCUUUCUCCCGGAUUUUCUUCUCGACUCUUUAGCUUUGGGUCCAUUAUUUUUCAUUGCCCUCUGUUGCAGGCAGCUCUAUUCUUACAGAGCCUUGGCAGGACGUUUUAAAAUUCCAAUAGAAAACACUAAAAGGAAAGUCUAUAGAAUCACUAGUGACUGACUACUGAGAACCUGUUUUCUCAAUCUUCCUCCAUGUUGUGUUCUUUGUAUUCUCAAGAUGAUAAUAUAUUAUGUAUUUGAAUUGCUGAAAAAUUGAAAAUGAAGUUUAAGAUAUAUGUAUAUAAAGCGUAUGCUGUAUUGGUGCAAUAAUGGUAAUUAAAAAUAUGGAAAAAGGUA